AAACGUGAAGUAACAUAAGCACAGAAAAAAACAUUGGAAUGCAGCGAAUCCCUCCUGCUGAUGUUCAUCAGAUUGACCGGCCAACAUUCUACCACAAGGACGAUCCUAACGGGAAACUUCAAAGAGUCCCUUGUGUAAUCAACGGCUAUGAACGCAAACGUCUUUCAGAAUUCAACGCCAUUCGUCUUGUUUCCAUAAAAAUCAUAUUCCAAUAUUCCUCACCAUCUUUGCUUCUUUGGAAAACACAUGGAUUUUCCUUAAGUGGAGAAAAGUCAAUAACUUAGCAAGUACGAGACGGUUUGUCCACGUAACUCCUAUGGCAAAGAUAUCUCAGAGCGUUGCUUUUUUUUGCUCAUUUUGUUUCGAUUAUAACUCCGAAACUAAAAGUCUUAGAGAGUUCGGAGACGUUUUAAAUUAUAGAAAAAACUGUUUUCUACAUUUUGAGAUCUAAUCAGGCUCUAGGAAACCUAUCUUAAAAAAACUGUGAUAAAAAAUGCUGAGAUCUACACCUUUGGUUUUAAUUCUUAAAAAGCAGGUCUCAGCAUUUGGAUGACAGUUUUAUGAGGAUAGGUUACCUAGAGUCUGAACAGAUCCCAAAAUGUAGAAAACAGCUUUUUCUAUAAUUUAAAACGUCUUGAAACUCUUUGCGACUUUUAGCUUCGGAGUUAUAGUCAAAACAAAAUGAACAAAAAAGGUAACGAUGUGAUAUCUCUGCCAUAGGAGUUACGUGGACAAGCUGUAGAAUUAGAAGGCUAAAACUUUCUGUGAUAAUAAUAGAUAUCUAGCACAAUGAUGAAAGAAAAUUUCAGCUCUUAAUUCGCUGUUUUGACUAAGGUAUUAGUAGGUUCCCUUGCACAGGCAAGUAAAAAAUGUUCAUAACUCUUGAGAGAAGUACCAUGAGCUCAAAUCAUUUUAGGACUUUUACUAGCUUAUUAUCCUCUAUCGAUCAGCACAUAAAUCAUUGAAAACGGAGUGUUACAUCUGAGGGAAGAUUCCCUCGUAAGAAAAAUUACAAUGAAUACAUUUGAGAAACCGAUCAACGUUAUUAUGAUCCAUAUCCAUGACAAAAAUCUUUCCAUUAGCAAAAGUUCAGAUAGGAUAUGUCGAGUUCUUUUGAAACGAGUUAUUAUGUUGAUGCUGAACACGUUCUCGUAUUCUUAUUGCAUUCUAUUCAUUCUGCAGUGUUUUAUUUCCUUAUGAUUUUCUUUUGCUUAAAAAGAACGUAAAAAUUUAUGUUAAGAUCAGUGUACGUAUUCAAACCUUCGAGAAGUGUUUAUAUAAUGUAACAUUCUAGUAAUACAACGUUUACUUCGAAAGUGAGCUUAAAGCUGAAGACAAAUUUACGUAUUGAAUUCGGAUUGAUACUUACUAACAACUGAAACCUAGUCACUCAAAUGUAUACAACAGCAUUUUUUGUUAUUGUAUAAUUUAGUCAAACGUCAUCCAGCUUUAAGAAUUGAGUAGCGUAUAGUUCGUACCUUUUUUAAAUACGAAUGACUAAGAAAUAUUGGCUUCUAGUAGUCGUUCAUAAACAUUCAGCUGACUACUAUUCGAUGUUAGCAUGUAUAAUUACGUCGAUGAACUCGGUCUAUUGGCUAUGUUAAAUUUUAAUUCGAUCCUUUUAGUGGAUGUUAACGUGUGUUACAAAUACCGUUUGAGAUCUGAACAUGUGGAAAAAAACUAAAAAUAGAAUGAAUAUAAACUGUUUUUUUUAACCAAUGUCUUUUCUGCUUUUCAUUUUAUUUUAUCCAUUUUUAUGAUUUAUUUUUUAAUCUUUUCAAUAAUAAUAAUAAAGUAUUUUAUAGCAUUAGAUGAUCGUUAACGUGGUGAACAUUUCAAUAUGUAUAAAAUAUUUGAUUCUGUUGAUCUAAUACGAAUGCUAAUAUUCUUUUUAGUGUAAUAUGACUGUCCAAAAACAAUUAAUAAAAACGGUUUUACAAUUAUUACCUUCCGUUCAAGCCUCUGCUCUUGUGCCUGAAAUACAGUUAAGUAUAUUAACAUCAAAUCAUCCUUUAUGGCAUGUACCGUAUGAAAAAGCAAUAGAAACACUUGGAACAGUAGAUCCAUGGUGGAGUUUCUUUUGGCCUGGAGGACAGGGAUUAGCUAGAUAUAUUUUAGAUAACAGAUAUUUGGUAAGAAAUAAAAGAUUAUUGGAUAUUGGAUGCGGAUGUGGCGGAUGUUCAAUUGCAGCAAAAUUAUGCUGUGCUAAACAUGUCACUGCUAAUGAUAUUGAUGAAGAAGCAUUGACAGCUGUAUGUCAUAAUGCCAUAUUAAAUGCUGUUCAAAUACAUGUUGAUAAACGAAAUUUUUUAUUAGAAAAUAAACUUAUUUCUAAUUAUGAUGUAUUAACAAUUGGUGAUAUGUUUUAUGAUGAAGAAUUAGCUCAACAAACUUGGAAUUUAAUUGACAAUGCUCUUGAUCAACGAAAAAUUGUACUAUUAGCUGAUCCGGGACGCUAUUAUUUUACCAAACAUUUAGAUGACAUUAAAAGACGAUUAAAACAAGUUGCUGAAUAUCCAGUUGAUCAAGACUAUAUUGAAGUCGGUUUUAAUACUAUAAAAAUUUUUUCUAAUAAAAUAUGA